AUGGUGAUUCAUCUUGGAGCUGUGCCUGGAGAAAAGUACAUUGGGGUUGAAUGCACCAUAAUCCCGAUAACUGUCGACGCGAUGCUCAACGGUGCGGUCUGGCUAGCACUCGACACGUUCUAUCUGGUCAUAAAGGACAAGGAAUACCAUACCACGUGGCUAUUGUACUUGCAGUUUCGCGUCUUUGACUGCGUUUAUCAUUAUGUGCUCGCUGAUGUCCUGAUCCCGAUUCGAUGUCUAUGCGCGCGCUCCUUUUCGCUCUGUUCUCGGCGUCUCAAUAUUCGGUUGCUUGGCCCUGUCAAACGAGUCACAGUCACCUACAACCAGAACGGCGUCAGCCGCGGCAUUGCGUCUAUUAUUUUCAGCAAGCCCGACACGGCAGCUAAGGCAGCCAAGGAGCUGAAUGGAACCCUUGUUGAUGGACGACCAAUGAAGGUCGAGGUCGUCGUCGACGCGACCCAUGCGCCUCAGGUUCCGGCACCCAAGCCUUUGAGCGAGCGAGUUACCCAAUCCAAGGCUCAGCCUAAACCCGCCACUGCCACGAAGAACACCGCCGCCGCAGGCCGCCGUGGCCGCGGCCGUCCCCGAAAGGCCAAGAAUCCCAGUCAGCGCAAGAAGACAGCCGAAGAGUUGGACGCCGAGAUGGUGGAUUACUUUGCGGGCUCUGAGAACGCACCUGUGGGCGCAGAGACCACGAACGGCACUGCCCCGGCGGCGAAUGGAGAUGAGGCGAUGGCCGAGAUUUCCUGA